CGGGCAGCGAGCGGCAGCCGGCGGCAUGAGGCGCGACCCGGCGCCCGGCUUCUCCAUGCUGCUCUUCGGCGUCUCCCUCGCCUGCUACUCGCCCAGCCUCAAGUCGGUGCAGGACCAGGCGUACACGGCGGCGGUGGUGCUGGAGGGCAAGGUGCAGUCCGUGGGCCCCCCCGCCGGCGGCAAUGACAGCCGCGGCGCCGGGCCCGCCGGGGGGGUCUUGGUCAAGGUGCUCGACCUGUGGCCCCUCAACAGCGGGGGGCUGCAGCGGGAGCAGCUCAUCAGCGUGGGCUCCAAGGCGCCCUGCUUCAAAGUGAAGCGCAACCACCGCUACAUCUUCUUCCUGGAGCCCACCGAGGAGCCGCUCGUCUUCCGCACCGCCUUCGCUCCGCUCGACACCAGCGGCAAGAACCUCAAGCGGGACGUGGCGCGGAUCCUCUGCGCCGACUGCGCUGUUCCUCCCAAACUGAAGAAACUGAAAAGCCCAAAUGUUCACGUGGGCGAGAAGAUUUCCCUGAAAUGUGAGGCAACUGCUGGAAACCCUCAGCCGUCCUACAAAUGGUUUAAAGAUGGGAAGGAGCUGAAGAAGAGCAAAGACAUCCGGAUCAAGUAUGGGAAUGGGAAAAAGAUUUCCAGACUGCAGUUCAACAAGGUGAAGCUUGAAGAUGCUGGGGAGUACAGCUGCGAAGCGGAGAACGUUUUAGGGAAAGACACCGCAAAAGGCAGCCUGAAUGUGAAAAGUGGAACAACGAAAGCACCACAAGUCUUACCAGCCUCAGAAACUAAAAUAGUUGUUAUGGAAGAAGAGUUAACCACAACUCUCUCCUCCUGGUCCGGGCAUGCCAGAAAAUGCAACGAAACAGCCAAGUCCUAUUGUGUCAAUGGAGGGGUGUGCUACUACAUCGAGGGGAUUAAUCAGCUGUCAUGCAAGUGUCCGAUCGAAUUCACAGGAGACCGGUGUCAGCAUUUCGCAAUGGUCAGCUUCUCCAAGCAUCUUGGAUUUGAAUUAAAGGAAGCAGAGGAGCUCUACCAGAAGAGGGUUUUAACCAUCACGGGAAUCUGUGUUGCCUUGCUUGUGGUGGGCAUCGUCUGUGUGGUAGCUUACUGUAAAACCAAGAAACAAAGAAAACAAAUGCAUAACCACUUGCGGCAGAACAUGUGUCCUGCUCAUCAAAACCGGAGCCUUGCAAACGGGCCAAGCCAUCCACGUUUGGAUCCUGAGGAAAUCCAAAUGGCUGAUUAUAUUUCUAAGAAUGUUUCUGCCACUGAGCACGUGAUCCGAAGGGAAACAGAGACAACCUUUUCAGGAAGUCACUCCUGCUCCCCAUCCCAUCACUGCUCCACAGCCACUCCAACGUCCAGCCAGAGACACGAAAGCCACACCUGGAGCUUGGAGCGAACAGAGAGCCUGACUUCAGAUUCCCAGUCUGGGAUAAUGCUGUCCUCGGUGGGAACCAGUAAAUGCAACAGCCCUGCGUGCGUGGAGGCGCGGGCGCGCCGCGGGGCCACCUUCUGCAUCGAGGACCAGCGGAGGCCCACGACGCAGUACCGCGACUCGGUGGAUUCCCUGCGGGACUCGCCCCACAGCGAGAGGUACGUGUCGGCCCUAACCACACCAGCACGCCUGUCGCCUGUUGACUUCCACUACUCGAUGGCCACGCAGGUGCCCACCUUCGAGAUCACCUCCCCGAACUCGGCGCACGCCGUGUCCCUGCCGCCGGCGGCCCCCAUCAGCUUCCGCGUGGAGGAGCAGCAGCCCCUCCUGCGGCGGUACCAGCUCCCCUUCCAGGACACGCAGAGGUACGACAGCUACUACCAAAGGAAGACCUACCUAAACGACAGCAUGGGGAGCCUGCCCUCCAGCCCCUUCCGCAUCACAGAGGACGACGAGUACGAGACGACGCAGGAGUACGUCACAGCGCUAGAGCAGCCAAAGAAAACAGCCAGCAGCAACAGGCGGUGGAAAAAAUCCAAACUGAACGGGCACAUCCCUCACAGAGCCAGAGCCGUCCGGGACUCCUUCUCCUUGAGCAGCGCCUCUUACAGCGAGUCUGACGAGGAGCUGGUGGCCGAGAGCACCCCGUUCCUAAGCACUCAGAACAAUGAGGCGGCGCACACAGAGUCGCCGCCGCUGCACCGGCCGGGCGACAGCCGGACUCACUACUCGUGCCGCGGGCACGUGGCGCACGGCGACGGCGGCCGCGGCAGCCUGGCGCACGUGGCGCCCAAAGCGGACCCCAACCCUCUCUAGGCGCCUCCCGCGCUCCUGCAUGGGUGACCCGCAUGGAGGAGGCCGAGAGGAGGGAGGCCGAGGCGCGACAAAACCACACAAACCGCAAAACAAGACAGAACAAAAAUAAAUAUUUUUAUUUUAUAUAAAAGAGGGAAAAAAACCAAAAAAUAUAACAAAUAAAAAUGUUUUAUUUUCAUUUUAGCAAAGUUGUCUUAUAAUAGCUAACGACAAUGACUUUUUUAUAGGGAAUCUCUAUUUAUAUGUAAUGUCUUGAUUUACAGCUUCCGAGAAAAAAAAAAGUAAAAAAACUAAAAAAAAAAAANAAAAAAACUAAAAAAAAAAAAGAAGAAGAAAAGAAAACAAACAAUAAAGUUAAAAAAAAAAGUGGGCCAAUUUUUGACUACUUAAAAAUAGAAAACAAAACUAUCGUGGUGCCUUUUGCUGUAUGCUAGUGCUGGGAUUCAUGCCGAGGAUUCUGUUUCAGUAGCAUUUUUAAGGUCAUAGAUUUUUGUUUGGGAGACAACCUGUCACAAGGGCGCUCUUCUGUUGGAAGAAAACAGCCUUGCCACUUUGCCCCGUACCCUGCUAUUAAUGAUCUUAUUCUUUAAAGUAUUGUUUAAACACACAUUAAGGACAUGAGUGGGAGCAUUUCCAUUAUCAUGUCUAACGAGGAUCUGUCUUGCCCUGUAAACUACUUGUAUUUUUGCUUAAAUCAGGAGAAAAAGAAACCCAACAGCACUGUGCUGAAAUGCAGAAAUAACAUUUCUUUUGCGACACAGGUAGGAAGAGAAAAUGAAAUUGCGCAGCAGCAGCAGCCCUUACAAUAUAGCUCUCAACCUUUGGCCAUCUCACUGGUGGGUCUGGAGUGGGGUUGGCACAGGUUUGUAGUGAGGCCAGGCACACAGCCCUGUGCCCAUGGUGGAUCACACCCGUCAUGUACCCUUGAAUCGGGUCGCUGAGCCAGCCCCGUUCAGCCGCGGUGCCCGAGGCCUCGUGGCCGCCCCGGCGCCGUGCUGGCCGCGGCGUCCCCUCGGCUGAGCGGUGCAGCCGCCGUGCGG